ACAUUUCUCACAUGACUUUUUACUUGUGACUCGCAUUCCUUCUCAAAAGUCCAGUUUAUGAAAUAUGGAGGUGAUGUUAAUAUUUAUUUUUAACUCAACAACGUGUGGUUAUUUGGGUGAGGUUAGUGUUGUUUAAGUCGUGUCUGGGCGGAACUGAGUAAUGAUUUAAUGCAGCGCGAUUCAGGGAUUCAUUCACAAACUCAACUUCAGUGUCCUUUACGUGAAGUUGAUCUGCUCUGCGUUACGCAAGUCAGCAACGAUAAAUGGCUUCAACACCUGCAUCCACUGACUCAAGACGAUGCCUGUUCUUCUUCCUCUAUGAUAACUCAAAAGUGCAGGAGGAAGGAGACUGGACUAGAGAUGGAAUAUACUACUUUUAUCCUGAAGAUACAUGAUGGUGGCUGCGUAUUGUUACAGACGCCAAUAGACCAGCAGGAGCUUCUCUGUGGACAACUGGCUGGUGUGUGUCGUUGUGUAUCUGAGCUAUCCAAGUCUCCCGUACGCCUGCUGCGCCUGCGCAGGAGCAAAUAUGCAGUUUGCAUGAAGGAUUCGUUUCUUUGGGCAUUAAGCUGUGUGGUAGACAUUCCAGAUGUAAGCGUGUGUGACUUUCUAAAUCAGCUGAUUGAUCUCUUCUGUUUCUAUAAUGGACCAGUGCGUCAGAGCUACCAGUUAUACAGUCAGGAAGAGUUGGCUCAGCGAUGGGCGAGAUACCUUUGUCACCUGCAGGGCGGCUCCACUGAGUUGCACAACAUCUUCAGCUGUCUGAGGACAAUCGACUCCACGCAUAUUGAUCCUCUGCUGUUGCUGAAAGCUGCCCUUAUUCUACAGGCAUGUCAGCGAUGCCCGCUGGUGUUAUCUGGGUGUAUCCUGUACAGGGGGAGGGUGGUGAGUACUCAGAUGCCUCCUGCCCUCACGCAGAAGGUGAUGGUUUACGAGACGGAAACAUACAGCCAGGAUAACAGGGUGGCAGCCAAUGGCCUGUGCUUAUCAGUGGGCACGUCUCUCUCCUUCAUAGUAACCACACAGGUGUUCCUGACAACCGCUGAACUUCAUAUGAUGCGUUGCUCCCCUGUGGAUAGAGCAUGCAGGACUCACUGCAGUCAACCUCCACCCCGAUCAAGAAAGUCUGGCCUACUAUCACGUACUUUAUCCGACACCCUUACUGCAGAUACAGACUCAUUAAACUUAGAGCCCACUGAGUGCCCCCCGAACUCCAAUGAGACGAUGCCAUCCUCUCCUCGCUCCUCCCUCUCUGAUGAGUCAUGUUUCAGCCCCUCCCCCUCUAUGGUGAACAGUCCUCUUCACUCCAGAAUGAACCAAUCAGAUUAUUUCACUCCGCAGUCACAUGACCACAUCGUGGCAAAUGGCCCAAACUCAUCCAAGGUUAAGGAACAAUGUUUAACAGGAAGAUUAACCGGCCUCAAUACAAAGGAAAGAGUAGCAGAGGAUGCACAUGAGAAGCUGGACUCCGGAUGUUCAUCCAAAUCUAAAAGCAAAGUUAAAAAUUCAGAAAAGGAAUUUAAUCAGAAGGAAAAAAUAAAAUCCCUUAUAAAAGGAUAUCAGUUACAUUCGAAUUGUCAUGAGAACCAUUCGGAUAGCUCUUACCAAGACAACCUGACUGACACGGCUGAAGGACAGCAGUUGAAUGCUAACAAUCACACGACCAAUACAAAUGACAGAUUACAAAGAGAUACAGAAGAUGAAGGAAGGCCAAAGAAUGAGAAAGUAGACAAAGGAGAACAAAUACUCAAGGACAAUGUAAACAACUGUUGUGACCCACCAAAUGCCCCCCUUCCACAUGAGACCUUUGCAGACGCCUCUCUGGUCCCCACAGUAUUGUACCAGCAUAGAGUCAGAGGUCUGGUCCUUGCACUUUUGGUAGAGACAGAUUUCAACACAGACCCCACCGCCAGAGAGGAAGUGUAUCACAGCAGUUUGGCAUCUCUGAAUGGUCUUGAGGCUCAUCUGAGAAGUACCUCACCUGGGACUCCCAGCCUCCAGGGGCUCUACACCUUCACUCACUAUGACUGCAUACAGAGCACACUUACUACCAAUGUGUGUGGGCACUCCGCUGGACCCCAGGACCGUGCAUUCGUGAAGGCAACUGCACUGCUCCAUUCUCAUUUCUCUCAAACAGACACUUUACAAGAAGUCAUUGUCAGGAAUGCUAGCUCGGCAGUGUAUGGAACCUGUAGCACCGCCCAGGAGACGUAUUUUCUCCAGCAGGGAGCACCAGUCAGAAACUCUGGAAGUCCAGAUGCCCAGGAUAGUGCCUUCUCUCUGCCCAAAAAAGCUCGCCAGCGGCUCCUUAAACAUGGAGUUAACCUGCUUUAACUGAGUCCACAUUUUAGAUCUUUAUUUCAAUCAACUACACUGUAUUUUUUACUACUGAAAUAAAUACUUUUGAAGCCAGAUGACAGCAUUUUAUGCAUGUUUCACAAACAGAAACAUCUUUAUUCUCUGCUCUCUGUGUACAGUUCACAGAAGGUUGAUAUAUUUAAUUCAAUUUCGAUUCAUAAUUCUCACAUUGAACUAAUCUUGUUUUUUGUAAAGAAAGUCAUACUUGGUUUAGAAUGACAUAGGACAGAAUAAAUUAUGGCAAAAUUUUUAUAUUGGUUCAAUAUUUCUUAAAAAUGCUGGUUUUUUUUAGAAAAUACUGCUGAUGGUUUUAUUUUAAACAGUAGAAACUAAAAGUGUACUGAAACCUCAGAUGUAGACUGAUUUAAUGCAUUGCUGUAUAUUCUGCGAUUAUUAAGAUUUGGUGUAGAGAACAUGGGCAGAUUUUAAAAGCAAUGCAGACCAUUCAGUAUUACUGUUUAUGUGUUUAAGUAUUGAAUAUGACAGCUUUUGAAUGGACCAGAAUUAUUCCAAAAUAUGAAUAAACUUCUUUUUUAAACUUUUUAA